AUGGCAAUUCACGAGGCUGUUGGCUUCCACACCUGCGCCGUUUCUCCAAUGGACACCUGUACCGUUCUUCCAAGGAACACCUGUACCGUUCUUCCAAGGAACACCUGUACCGUUCUUCCAAGGAACACCUGUACCGUUCUUCCAAGGAACACCUGUACCGUUCUUCCAAGGAACACCUGUACCGUUCUUCCAAGGAACACCUGUACCGUUCUUCCAAGGAACACCUGUACCGUUCUUCCAAGGAACACCUGUACCGUUCUUCCAAGGAACACCUGUACCGUUCUUCCAAGGAACACCUGUACCGUUCUUCCAAGGAACACCUGUACCGUUCUUCCAAGGAACACCUGUACCGUUCUUCCAAGGGACACCUGUACCGUUCUUCCAAGGAACACCUGUACCGUUCUUCCAAGGAACACCUGUACCGUUCUUCCAAGGAACACCUGUACCGUUCUUCCAAGGAACACCUGUACCGUUCUUCCAAGGAACACGUGUACCGUUCCUCCAAGGGACACCUGUCCCGUUCUUCCAAGGAACACCUGUACCGUUCUUCCAAGGAACACCUGUACCGUUCUUCCAAGGAACACCUGUACCGUUCUUCCAAGGGACACCUGUACCGUUCAACAGAGCAAAACGGCUUUAUUCUAA